AUGGCAACGACGUUCCUAUCUGGUGCUGCCUUUGGGGCGGCCAUGAUGGCUGCUUCAUUUCACAAUCCUGCCAUAGUCAUCGCCCAGAUGAAGUGGGAAAACUUCCACAUGGCACAGGCGUUUCUGGCCGCAACUGCAACCAGCGCAGCCACAUAUGCUAUUGCAGAGCGUCUCGACUACGUGAAACUUAAGCCCAGGAGUUCCUCACCGAUAGGUCUCUUCUCUAGAUACGACGGCAACCUCAUCGGCGGCACUCUCCUCGGUGCCGGUAUGGCCUUGUCAGGCUCGUGCCCAGGAACUCUGUAUCCUCAACUGGCAGCUGGUGUCCAUACCGGCUUCCAUGCCCUGAACGGAGCCAUACUCGGUGGCCUCUUGUGGACUGGGCUUCUUUCCAAGAUGGUCAAGCAAAACAAAGAAAAAGCAAACGUUACUCCGAUAACAGUGACUGCAAACGACCAACUUGGUCUAAGUAGAGGUGUCACUUUGUUUCUCUUCGAGGCUGUAUGUCUCUCAAUCCUCGCCGUAACGACAAUCUAUACUCCCAAGUUCCCUGGAGCCAAGGUCCUCGGCACAGCAGGCGGAUUCAUCAUUGGCCUCUCACAGGUCUUCUCAAUCAUCACCAGAAGGUCCAUGAUAGGCAUCUCUACCGCCUAUGAAGAGUUCGGAAACUACUUCUGGUGGGUGAUUAAAGGCGCAGAACCCAAUACGAAACCCAUGUCAUAUAACAGCAUUCUCUUCGCCAGCGGUGUGACGGCGGGGGCUUGGGGAUUGCUUCAGGCUGUGCCUUCACUGGCCAACGCUCCUGUGUUUGAGGCACCACCGUUGUAUGCAAUGGCCGGAGGUGCGCUUAUGGCCAUUGGAUCGCGAAUGGCCGGCGGCUGCACAUCUGGGCAUGGCAUCAGCGGCAUGUCACUGCUAUCGCUGUCUAGCAUGAUUACAAUUGCAUGCGCAUUUGUUGGCGGGACCGUUGUUGCGCCUUUGGCCUAUUAA